CGCUCCUGCACCGGCCAGCGGAGUGAUCUGUCAGCAGGCAGCGGCCGGGGGACGACGCUCCGCAGGUUGUGAAGCGUCUCCCUCCACACCUUGCGGUGUGAUCUGUGUUAGCUCCGGCCUGAGCGCCGCUCGGACGCCCGCACGGCCCGCAGCACCUGGCCGACACCUGCCCAACACCUGUCCAGCACCUGCACAACACCUGUCCCGACGAGAUCUGAGGGCCGGAGCCAUGACCGAGUUCCAGGAGAAGCUCCGCGAGCAGCAUGAGAAGUCCAUGCACCAAGAGCUGGAGACGCUGCUGUCCACGGGCAGCCCCGCCAGCACCGAGAUCUCCAGAAAGGACUUUGAUGGUUUCAAGAAGCUCUUCCACAGAUUCCUGCAGGUCAAAGGUCCUUCUGUCGACUGGGCCAAGAUCAGCCGGCCGCCAGAGGACUCAAUCCAGCCCUAUGAGAAGAUCCGGGCGAAGGGCCUCCCUGCCAGCAUCUCGGCCAGCCUCAACAAGCUGGUGGUGGUGAAGCUGAACGGCGGCCUGGGCACCAGCAUGGGCUGCAAGGGCCCCAAGAGUCUGAUCAGCGUCCGCAACGAGAACACCUUCCUGGACCUGACCGUGCAGCAGAUCGAGCAUCUGAACAAGACGUACGACACAAACGUGGCGCUCGUCCUCAUGAACUCCUUCAACACAGACGAAGACACCAAGAAGAUCCUGCAGAAAUACACACACCACCGCGUCAAGAUCCACACCUUCAACCAGAGCAGGUAUCCGAGGAUCAACAAGGAGUCUCUGCUGCCCAUUGCCAACGACCUGGGGAUGAGCGGGGAGAACAGCGAGGCCUGGUACCCGCCCGGCCACGGGGACAUCUACGCCAGCUUCGCCAACUCGGGCCUGCUGGACCAGCUCAUCGCCGAGGGCAAGGAGUACAUCUUCGUGUCCAACAUCGACAACCUGGGCGCCACCGUCGACCUGUCCAUCCUCAACCACCUGAUGAGCCAGCCGGCCGACCGCCGCUGCGAGUUCAUCAUGGAGGUCACCGACAAAACCCGCGCCGACGUCAAGGGCGGUACGCUGAUCCAGUACGAGAACCACCUGCGGUUGCUGGAGAUCGCUCAGGUGCCCAAGGCUCACGUCGACGAGUUCAAGUCCGUCACCAAGUUCAAGAUCUUCAACACCAACAACCUGUGGAUCUCGCUGCCGGCCAUCAAGAGGCUGCAGGAGAAGAACUCCAUGGACCUGGAGAUCAUCGUCAACCCCAAGACUCUGGACGGCGGCCUGAACGUCAUCCAGCUGGAGACGGCGGUGGGCGCCGCCAUCAAGAGCUUCGACAACGCCAUGGGCAUCAAUGUGCCACGCAGCCGCUUCCUGCCGGUCAAGACGUCGUCCGACCUGCUGCUGGUCAUGUCCAACCUGUACACCCUGGACGCCGGCUCGCUCACCAUGAGCAAGAAGAGGGAGUUCCCCACCACGCCGCACGUCAAGCUGGGCAGCUCCUUCACCAAGGUCCAGGACUUCCUGACGAGGUUUGAGAACAUCCCCGACAUGCUGGAGCUCGACCACCUCACCGUGUCCGGAGACGUCACCUUCGGCAAGAACGUCACACUGAAGGGGACGGUGAUCAUCAUCGCCAACCACGGCGACAGGAUCGACAUUCCCGCCGGCGCCGUGCUGGAGAACAAGAUCGUCUCAGGAAACCUGCGUAUCCUCGACCACUGAGGCCUUCUGGGAAAAACAGAGAAGCCAUUUGCACCUUUGAGAGACUUGAGGAGGACGCCGCCUGCCCCCCGCCGGCCGGCAGGACUGUUACAGGGGAGGCGGCGGCGGCGGCGCUCGCUCCCCUCCGAGUUUCCCUCCGGUCGCUCCGGAGGCUCCUGCUGUUACGGCGCCGCGGCCUCCCGCCGUGUCGCUUCAAUAAAAGUGCAAUAUGGGUUUUCCUGCA